AUGGAUCCAAACCACUGGAACACAUACAAUUUACAAUAUGGUCAUUCUACACCAAGACUAGGCUUAAGUCAUGCCUUACAGUCAAGUCAUGGCUCUCUUGGGGGUAGGCCGGUUUCGGCUAUUCCAACAGUCAGCUACUCAGGGCUUGCAAUGCCCAUUCUGGAUCCAAUUGCUGCAGGAAUCUCAGCCUCACAGAGCCACAAAACCAUGUCCCUUGCAUCUAGUCAGCUUAUGUUUGAGCAGCAGCUUCGGGGUGCAGAGCAGCAGUCACAGUCAAUGGGCCGCUACGAUGGCUCAAAAAGUUUCAGAACGGAUGGCAUGUUUGGUGCUAUAUUGUCCGACGUGUCCAUGUCCAUGCCCUCAGUGUCCACUGUGUCACCCACAUCGGGGUCUUCUGUUGGUAGCCUAGCAGUGUCCAAGUCUAAUCAACAACACAUGCAUGACCCACCGCCUGCUCACAGUUCAAGUUCUGUUCGGCUCAGCAGCAUGCAGAGAAAUCCUCAUGCUUCUGACAUACUAUAUGGUAGAGGUCCAGAAGCUCUUAUCCCUUCAAGCCUAGCCCAAAUCAGCUCUCUCUACAAUUCAGUGUCCUUGGGUAAGCAGAGUUUGGGAGCUGCUCAGCAACAGUCACUCAGUAGACAAACACCCGUGCAUACCCAACAUGGGUUUUCCUCUAACAGUGAUAUUGAAGACCUAUCCUCCAAUUCUCAGAACCAAAUUUACACUUCCUAUGCAAGUUUGGCAGUUUCAGAUUCUCAGGACUUCUCUGCGGCUCAGUUGUCUGGAGAAAUCAGCUAUGAAGCAGUGAGCCCAGCACCAAUAAAUGAAAGUUCUCAGAACAAUCCAGAACAUUCGUCCUUCUCUAUAGUUCAGUUCCCUGAACUUAUCAACCUCACACCAGAACACGCCCACACAUUGGCAGACAAAUUUCAGGAAAAUGAUUUCCGUCUCAAAGUAGAUUCGCGGAUCCAACAGCAUCAAGAUGCCUUGAAUGCUUCUCACCAGUCUCAGAGGCAUGAGCUGGGAUCAUCUCUCAGACUACCCAAAGAUAUGUCCAGCUUUCAUUCAUCUAUGUUGUCCAUGCAGGUGGCUCAGCGUGGUGGCCAGUUCCAGCCCAAUAUGACAAUGAGUCAAAGUUUGUCUCAGCUCCAGUCUGCCUCAUUAAAUAGCCAAUUAUCUCCACUACUUCAGGGCUCGUUGACCACCAUGUCUAUGUCUAUGCAACAGUCUCCAGCACCAAUCUCUGUCCAGGCACCAGCAGAUUCCACCACCAAACCUAAACGAUCCAGGGGCAGGAAGAAGAAAGGGGAGCCGACAGUUACAGGAGAUCAGGCAGAAGGUGGCAAGAAAUCCAGCUCCACUGAGGCCUUUUCUCCUGGGAGCCAGCAGCAAUCACACAUACCCCACCAUUCUCCAAUACUGAAUAUGCCACUAACUUCCCAACAUGUUUCCACAUUGCCUAUGGGAUCUCACAGCAGUUCAGUACAUCAGAGCUUUAGAAACCCUGGCAGCAAUCAGUUUACCUCACGGGAUGCUCAGAGGGCUCAAACUCCUUCCAUGCAGCAGACUUACUCAGUUCAAGAUCAUCAAAAUCAUGGUUAUGCUCCAAUUCACAGCCCCAAGAUUUCUCAUCAGAAUUUAGCUCGAUCACAGUCAGAGUUUGCAUUGCCUAACAGUGUGCCCAAUGAAAAGCCCCUGUCGCAACCGUCAUCCUGUAAGCAGCAGAAAAAGUCGGGCCCGCCCACUCCUAAAAGUAGCAGCAGUCAGAGCGGUCAGAUGUUCAGAUCAAACAUUCCAGACAAUCAGCAGCAUAUUCAGAACUUUGCAAGUCAUGCGGUUCUCAUGGGGAAUAGUGGCCAACAAAGGGGAUCCCCUAUGCAAGAAGGUCGAUCAGGUGGCAUGAGUCGGGUGUCGAAUUUUGAUAAUUCUCAGCAGAAGAUGGCUUGUCAGAUGUCACCGCUUGGGCAGCCUUCUCCUCAAGGCAGCAUUGGAUCUGAUGCCAGCGGUUUCGGCUCUAGUAAAAUUGGUAAUUCAGGCCACAUGAUGGGGUCUGUUUCUCAGACUUCUUUGGACUCAAGGCCAGUGAGUGUUGAACCUACCGCAAUGUCUCAUGCCUAUGAACAAGGGCAUUCCACUGGAUUGAUCAUAGACUCACAAGAUCCAGGACAUUUCCAGAUCGACUUCUCAGCCCAGCCAUUUCUGGAGCAGUUGGUUGGUGUUCAACCUGCCAUGGGCAUGCAGUCUUCAGGCUUCACCCAUACCACAUCAGAAAAUGGUGAAGUGGUGUUCACAACUCUGGUUACACCAGCAGAAAAUGCUCGGCUGCAGCAGCAGCAUAACUCUGCUACCAAUGAAGGGUUUAGACCUACUUAUCACGGAGAACCUGUUCAUGAGAUUCAAGCAAUAGGGCCGGUUGGUGGUCACUUAGGAAUGGAAGAUGGGUCCUUUAAUGCGUUCUUUGACAGUCAGAGAGAGAUGGAGCAACAAAGUAACAUGAGUGGCUCACACCAACAAGCCACGCCAGAGCCGGAGAGAAUGACUCUGACUUUUAUGCCUCAUGUGGCUGAGGAUGACGAGCUUGGUCAUUUCAGUCAAAUCAGCCAGCCGGUGCCUAUGGUCAGUUUGGUCAAGAGAGAGCCCCAAGAACCGGGGCACAGGCCCCCAUCAAAAGGUUCCUUCCAGGAGUCAUUUUUAAGUUAUCUUCAAGGACACAAACAGGAGACUUUGUCUAGUGUCUCUGCCUCUUCAGUUACCAAAAAACCCCAACUCCCCAAAUACAUCCCGGAGCCACGCAGACCGAAGCCUCCUCCAGCUCCUGCUCAGCCUAAAGAGAAAAUCAGUGUCUCCGAUGCAGAAGACAGUCUGGGUGCCGCUAGCAGCAGGGUCAAAGACUCCAUUUCCAGUCUCAGUGAUAAUGAUAACUCCUCACACAAGAGUGAGAGUGAUAGAGAGGGUUACUCUGUUCAGAGGACCAGUGAGCUAGCUGUGAGGAUUACUCUUCCAAAGAACAAGAAAAAUAAGUUUGGACCUUUUGCUGAAUUGUCCCAUUUAAAACAGAAAAAUAUUAGCAGGGAUAAGGAGGGGCUGCUGAAAAGAAAGAGGAAGAAGGGCAAAAGGCUGGCUUCUGAAGAAGAAGAAGACUAUAUGCCUGGCAGCCAGAUGUCUGAGGAUGAUGCAGACGUUCAUUUAGAGGAAGUAUUAUCUCGGGAGCCAACACCUCCUCCUGCCAGGACAUCUAUUGGCAGGAAAGCCAAGGACAAAUGCAUCGAAAAAACCAGAAUACAUGGAUCUGACAGCUCCUCGGAGGAACCUGUCCCUCAUCCCAUCAAGGGUAAAGGGACUUUGAAAAAGGAUGGCUCUGAUAAAGAUUAUGAUUCUGACAAAGAUCCUGUCUGGAUGCCAUUUGAGUUGGACCUGAAACAGGGACAUGAAAUAGAUGAAAAGCGAAAGAAGGCAAAACGGCCCCGCACGCGUACUCUAAGUACAAAGUCAAGUAAAUCGACGACAAGUCACAAAAGUUCUUCAUCUGCUACCCACGCUGGUGAUAACUCGACUAUGCUGACCAGUCGCAGGCCAUCCCAAACUGCUGCUUCCACUGAGGAUACAGGAGAGAGUUUUUUCAAGACUGGCAUGUAUGUGAUAGAAAAGAAAGAUGCCCAGAACUACGAAAACUAUCCUCUGUGGCGCCUUGAGCCUGGCCACAUGAUGAGGAAGUUUGAGAUGAGGGCGGACCCUGAGGUUGAUGGUGGGGCCGUCAGACACUGUGCACUUGGAACGAUGUCCACCUGGGUGCCUUCAAUGGAGAACCAGUUUGUGAUGGUUAAAGUGAGGGAACUCGCGGCUAAAAGGAAGGGUGCCCCUCUCACUGUAGAAGUUUUGGAAGAGUAUAGGCCAAAACCUCCCAGUGAAGACAGAUUGCAGGUGCAGUAUGAAAAUGAUCCUGUUCUAGAACCUUUCAAUAUUUAUCUACAAGUGUUCCUUAGUCUGGCUCUAGAACCAACCUUCCUCUCAGCAAUCCUAGAAACAAAUGAAAAAUUUUACAUUGAUGCGCUGAAUCAAAUUGAUGGAUUAAUCGAAGCAAAGUGUAAGGAAAUUACAGGACUUGCGCACUGGAAGUCUUCAUUUCAGGAAUAUCUUCACAUGUGUCCACUAAUGAAAGAAAUUGACCGCCCUAACCUCAAACAAGCUUGUCAGGCCAGCGAGAAUUCCAGCCCGCCCACCAUAAAGUCGGUACUGCUCAGCGGACAUCCGUAUGAUCGGUUCUUACUAACAGAUGUACAGUCAGGUGGCACGGAUGUUGCUCAGGAAUUCAUGAUCGGAAAGGUAGCAGCCUAUUAUGUGAGACCUUACCACUCUCUAUACCACUUCAAAUACUGGUUGCGCCAGCGGUGUGAAGCCAGGGUCGCCACAAUGAAAGACAGCAGCAAAUCAGAGAACCUCAGUGACGAGGUCAUUCUGGACAAGUGUCUGGAGAAUAGAAGCUGGGUAUUGCAGAUCUUUGACAGCUUGAAGAGUCUGUUGCAGUAUGGAUCCGAUGCUGCCAGAUAG